GAAUACAAACAAAUGAAUGUUGAUUUAUUUUUCUUUAAUUAUUAUUAGUUUUUUUCUCUUAAUUAAAUUGUUAAGAUAAUCCAUUUUCUAUCUUUUAAAAUAAUAGUUUUCUCUUCUUAAUCUGUUCCCUGUUCCUCUUUAAAAGUUUAUUAAAGUGGAAAACAUUACCAUUCUCACCAUUGGUCAUCAUUUGGUCAAUUCAUUGUUUGAUAUUUUCGCCCUAACUGGGCUCAUAUAUCAGACUCUCAACUAUGGCUAUUUCUAAGCCAACUGAAUGGGUUACCCAGCUUCUUAAAAGAUUUGAAGAUCAGUUGCUUUGCCGAACUGGAUCUCAAACUAGCCAUUCACGGAUAAAUAUCGAACAGAACAAGGAGUCAUUAAUCCAUAUAAGUAGAACCAAAUUUUCACUUGUUAUCUCUGGUUUAACUCAAAUUCUUCAUAAUAUAAAUGAUAUUCGGGCUCAAUCUCAUGGUACUCUUCAGCCGGAGUUUGAAAGAAACUUUUAUGAAUCCCAGUUAAUUGUAUUAUACACGCUUGAAAAAUGUCUGAGUUGCCAACCCAAGGAGAUGACAACUCGCUACGAAGAAGCUACCAAUGUAAAAACGCUUCUCCGGGAGCUCUGCCAGUUCCUGGAUAUGCCAAACGACAAUCCCAUGGCCUCUCAACUCAAACUAUUGGCAUCUCGAGUGCUUUUUGCCCUUAGCUUGAAUAAUUUUAAUGCUAUGUUUAAUCGUAUAUCAACAAGACUGCAAGAACUGGCCAACAGUAAUGAAGAGAAUCCAGACUGUAUCGAUAUUGAGCUUAUUCAACAUAUAAACGUAGAUGUUCAAAGAUUAAUUCGACUUUUCAGUGAUGUUAAUCUUAAAUUGAAAAGUUUAAAGAAAAAUGUUCAUAUUGUCCUUCUAAAUAGUUUAGAAAAAGCUAUUUGGAAUUGGAUGGACACUUAUUCCCAUGAAUUUAUGGAAUUGCAAAAUAAACCCAAUGAAGAGUUAGCUGAAUGUUGUGAUAAAUUGUUUGACCUGAUUGACAAUUUCGCUGAAACCAAUAAUAAACGACGAGCUGCUGUUUGGCCUCUUCAAAUGUUAUUACUUGUUUUAUGUCCAAAAAUUUUGGAGGAAAUUGUUAACGCUGACAGUGGAGCCCCUUGUUCACCCAAAUAUUACCGGAAGAGACAAUUUAUUGAGAAUGUUAAAAAAGCUCUGGUUCCCCAUAAUGCCAGUAAACAAAUGACCGAAACUGCUGCAGUUACUUGUGUUAAAUUGUUUAAAACAUCAACUUACAUCAGUAUCUUUGAUUCAAAUAAUGUUGUCUUUACACUGGUUCAUUCAGUCAUCAAUGAUUUGAAAAUUUUACUCUUCAAUCCAACGAAACCAUUUAAUCGAACCCAAGCAACAGUUAGUCAAGACGUUGAACUUAUGAUUGAAUGUUUCGUUUCCAUCUUUCGUAUCACACCACAUAACAAUGAAGUUCUUAAGGUUUGCCUGAAUCCACUCUCACCAUUGAUUUAUCAUUUUGUCCUCGUUUGUUCACUUUAUCGAAUCGUCUCUCAAACUCGGCUACCUUGGUGGCCUAAAAUCGACAUUGUUUACAAUCGAGCUCACGAAUUACGUGCCAUGUUUACUGAUACUCUCAACAAAGUUACACAAAUUACCCACCAAUCUAAAGGAAAUCAGUUGUCAUUCUACGUUCAGAGUUUAUCUCUAAAAGACAAGAUGAUUAAUCUUAAAUUUAAAGAUAAAUCAUCUACUGAGGAAGGAUUAACUCACAAAAAUCUUCUUCUAAUGUUGGUUCGUCUGAUUCAUGCCAGCCCACUACUUAUGCUUCACAAUCCCGGUAAAGUUGGACUUGAAGUUCAAUCCAGUUCACUGGAAUUGAUCAAUGGUCUGGUAUCACUAGUCCAUCAACCCUUAUUACAAGAUCUUGCACCAGAAGCAAUGGAAGCUCUUCUUGUCCUCCAUGAACCUCAAAAUAUUAUUAAAUGGAAUCCAGAAGCACCAAUAAACACUUUCUGGGAUAUUUCAUCUCAAGUGUUAUUUUCAAUCUCACAGAAACUCAUUCAACAUCAGAUAAUCAAUUAUACGGAUAUACUUAAAUGGGUUAGAGAUAUAUUAAGAUGUCGUAACAAUUUUCUAACCAAACACAAGGAAUAUGCUAACUUGGGUAGUCACAUUGCGAUCUGUAAACAAGCACAUAUCAAAUUGGAGGUUGUUUUCUUCAUUUAUCUCUGGUCAAUCGAUAUUGAAGCUGUUCUUACCGCCAUGUCAAGUUUUGCUCUUCUCUGUGAAGAAGCUGAAAUACGAUGUGGUCAAGAUGAUCUCACAAUGAUCUAUUUAACACCAAACUAUAAUAUUUAUCGAGAAAUCACCGAAUCAAGUCAAAUUUUAACCACCGGAAGAGCCGCUCUUCAAAAACGUAUCAUGUCCCUUUUAAGGCGUAUUGACCACUGUACCCUUGGGUGUUCCCAGGCUUGGGAAGAUACUUUCCUGAGUUGGGAAAGUGCAACCAAAGCCCUUGUCUCUUACCCUAAAGCCAAAAUGGACGUUGAAGGUCAAAUUGAAAUUACCCACAGAAAUGUCUCUAAACGUCGUACCUCACAGCACAGCACUGAACACGAACUUGAAGAUCAAAUCAACGAAUGGGCCAAUAUGACCGGUUUCCUUUGUGCUUUGGGUGGUGUUUGUUUACAAAACAGGUCACCCGUUUCCCAAGCCAAUUCGGUUGGAUUUUUUGUUGACCCUCGACGAGUUCCAUUACUACAAUCUGGUCAAGAUCCUUUACAAUAUUGUCCGGUUACUCAAUUUGUUGGUGAUGUUUUAAAGCUUCUUGUUUGUAACAAUGAAAAAUUUGGAACUCAAAUACAAAAGCAUGUGAAAGAACUGGUUGCCCAUGAAAUGUCUCCAGCACUUUAUCCAAUUCUUUUUGAUCAAAUUAAGAUAAUUGUUGAGAAAUUUUUUGACCCCCAGUAUCAAGUUACCGUUAACGAAACCAGUACUCAAUUUAUUGUUCACAUCAUUUUCAUCAUGAAAUCAGUUCUUGAGAAUAAGGUUGAACAUACCACCGAGAAUCUUGGAGUGACCAGUAUAGAGCAAAUUAUGCUUGCAAUUGUCCGUUACAUUCGUCACCUUGACACCAAUACAGGUCAACAUAUUCAGAUAAAGGUCAAAUUUUGUAAUCUCAUUGAAACAAUGAUGUCACGUCGAGAUGAUCUUGCUUUCCGUCAAGAAAUGAAAUUUCGUAAUAAAAUGGUUGAAUAUUUAACUGAUUGGGUAAUGGGAAACAGUCACCAAAUGCAGCCAACCGGAAUUAACGAUUGGACUCCUGUCCAGCGAGAAUUAGAUAUGGCCUCAAUGCAAGCAGUUGCCGCUCUAUUGAGAGGAUUACCUUUACAACCGGAGGAAAGUGAUCGUGGUGACCUAAUGGAAGCUAAAUCUCAACUUUUCCUCAAAUAUUUUUCCCUUUUCAUGAAUCUACUAAACGAGUGUAGUGACAUAGUUUCCGACGAGGACACAGUGGGUACCGGAAGUAUAGUCCCUGGAAGCUUAGUUAGCAUUGACGGUCCUCCCCGUUACAAUAAAUACAAUUAUAAACUCAGUGAAUUGCCAACAUAUACCAUUCAGGCCAUGUCAAACUUGUUAAGUGCUAACAUUGACUCUGGUCUAAUGCACUCAAUCAGUUUGGGUUAUCAUAAAGAUUUACAAACUCGAGCAGCAUUUAUGGAAGUGUUGACCAAAAUUUUACAACAAGGAACUGAGUUUGACAUGUUAGCGGAAACAGUUCUCGCUGAUCGAUAUGAACAACUUGUUCAACUUGUCACCAUGAUUGGUGAUAAAGGUGAAUUGCCCAUAGCGAUGGCAUUGGCCAGUGUCGUUUCCACCCCACAAAUGGACGAGUUGGCAAGAGUAUUUGUAACCCUAUUUGAUGCGAAACAUUUACUCUCUCCGUUACUUUGGAAUAUGUUUUACAAAGAGGUUGAAGUCUCUGAUUGCAUGCAAACUCUAUUCCGUGGUAACAGUUUAGGUAGUAAAAUAAUGGCAUUUUGUUUCAAAAUCUAUGGAACAUCAUACCUUAAAGCACUUCUUGAACCUUUAAUUAAACCACUCGCUGAAACACCAAAUGAUAUAAGUUACGAAAUUGAUGCAGCACGAAUGGAUUCCGGUGAAACUGUUGAGUCAAAUCAUCAAAAUCUUUUGAAUCUCACACAAACAGUAUUCAAUGCGAUCAUCUCAUCAGCAGAAAGUUUCCCGCCUCAACUACGAUCCAUGUGUCACUGUUUGUACCAAGUAUUAAACAAAAGGUUUCCCAAUUUUCCUCACAAUAUAAGUGCAGUUGGAACUGUCAUUUUCUUACGUUUCAUCAAUCCAGCUAUUGUAUCUCCUUUUGAGAUGGGAAUAGUUGACCUACAACCUAAUAACAAAGUGAAACGAGGUUUGAUGUUAAUGUCCAAAAUUUUACAAAACAUUGCAAAUAAUGUUGAAUUUAGUAAAGAGCAGCACAUGUUAUCUUUCAAUGACUUUUUACGUGCCAAUUUUGACAAUGGACGUAGAUGGGUUAUGCAAAUUACUUCAGACUGUGAAACUAUGGACCAUCAAACAAGUCACAAUUUAUCGUUCAUCAGCGAUGCCAAUGUUCAUGCUCUUCAUCGACUUUUGUGGAAUCAUCAAGAAAAAAUUGGUGAUUAUUUAUCAUCUUCUCGGGAUCAUAAAGCUCUUGGUCGAAGGCCUUUUGAUAAAAUGGCCACUCUACUUGCUUACCUUGGUCCACCUGAGCAUAAACAGAUGACCGAUUCCGAAUGGAAUUCAAUUGACAUGACCAGUAAUCGAUUUGAAGAGUGUAUGGCAAAAGCUCAUGAUGAUGAUAAAUUUAAAUCUUUAAAAUCAUUGAAUAUCUUUUACCAAGCGGGUACUUCCAAAGCUGGUAAUCCAGUAUUUUAUUUCAUCUUCCGACGAUACAAGAUCAAUGAGAUUAACGCUGAUUUCCUCCUUUAUCAUGUUAUCCUAACCCUGAGACCUUAUUGUCAUAAACCUUUUGAACUUGUCGUCGAUUUCACUCACACUUGCACCGAGAAUCGAUUUAAGACUGAUUUUCUGCAAAAAUGGUUUGCCGUUCUACCCGAAAUGGCCUAUGAGAAGAUUCAUUCAGCUUAUAUUUACAACUGUAACUCGUGGGUUCGUGAAUACACCAAAUUAAAUGAUCGAGUUCUCGCUCCUCUCAAAGGAAAUCGUAAAUUAAUUUUCCUCGAUUAUCCUCAAAGGUUAAGUGAUUUUAUUGAUCCUGAUCAGCAAAAAUUACCCGGUGCUACUUUAUCACUUGAUGAAGAUCUCAAAGUUUUCAAUGGUGCUCUAAAAUUAUCGCAUCGAGAUACCAAAGUAACAAUUAAAGUUGGCCCAACAGCGAUUCAAGUUACCUCAGCGGAAAAGUGUAAAGUGUUAAGUUUUUCAGUGUUACUUAAUGAUGUUUAUUAUGCUUCCGAGAUUGAAGAGGUUUGUCUCGUUGAUGAUAAUCAAUUUACUUUAACCAUUGCCAAUGAAAGUGGGCCACUUUCCUUUAUCCAUAAUGAUUGUGAUACAAUUGUCCAAGCGAUAAUACAUAUUCGUACUCGUUGGGAACUCUCACAACCCGAUUCGGUUACCGUUCAUACCAAAAUCCGACCAAAAGAUGUACCCGGUACCCUUUUAAAUAUGGCUCUUCUAAAUCUUGGUAGUUCUGAUCCAAACCUACGAACUGCAGCUUAUAACCUUCUCUGUGCAUUAACGCAAACCUUUGACCUUAAAAUUGACGGACAAUUAUUGGAAACAUCGGGUCUCUGUAUUCCAUCCAACAAUACGAUAUUCAUCAAACAGAUAAGUGAAAAAUUGGCAACCAAUGCUUCACAUUUAACAUUAGAAUUUCUUGAAGAGUGUAUUCAAGGUUUUCGAGCAUCAAAUAUUGAAUUGAAACAUUUAUGCCUUGAAUAUAUGACUCCCUGGUUACCCAAUUUAACCCGAUUCUGUAAACACUCCGAUGACAGUAAACGACAAAGAGUUGCAACCAUUUUGGAUAAAUUGAUAACUUUAACCAUUGAAGAGGUUGAAAUGUAUCCAUCAAUCCAGGCCAAAAUUUGGGGUAAUAUUGGCCGUGUCUCUGAUCUGCUUGACAUGAUACUUGACAGUUUUAUCAAAAGAUCGGUAACCGGUGGCCUUGGUUCCGAUCAGGCUGAAAUUAUGGCGGACACAGCAGUUGCCUUAGCUUCUUAUAAUGUUAAACUUGUUGCAUCUAAAGUGAUUAGUCGGGUGUGUCUUGUGAUUGAGAAAACCGCUGCUUCACCCACACCCACCCUUGAGCAACAUCUCAUGUGGGAUGAUAUUGCAAUCCUUGCCCGUUACCUGCUUAUGUUAUCAUUUAACAAUUGCCUUGAUGUUUAUAGUCACCUUCCAUAUUUAUUUCACAUUGUUACCUUUUUGGUUCACACUGGACCCAUGUCGUUUCGUGCAUCCAUCCACGGCCUGGUUAUCAAUAUUAUCCACUCCUUGUGUACCUGUACCAAUCCCUCCUUCAGUCAUGAAGCUCAACGAAUACUUCGUCUAAGUUUGGAUGAAUUUUCUCUGCCCAAAUUUUACCUUCUCUUUGGUAUUAGUAAAGUUAAAUCUCCAGCGGUCACAGCAUUUCGAACUCCAACCUCACUGAAACGUCACAUGAUCAACAUGGAACGAACUCAACAACUUUCCAAUGAUCGAGCAUUUUCAUCUCACAUUUCAAUUGACGGCGAUAAAAUGCCGUUAAGUUCAUUGGAAAUAAUUACCGAUGCACUUCUUGAAAUUGUUGAGGGUUGCAUGAAAAGCAUUGAAACCUGUGAUUGGCUUCAAAAGUGGACUCAACUUGCGACCAGUUUUGCAUUUAGGUUUAACCCAGCGCUUCAACCUCGUGCCAUCAUUGUCUUUGGAUGUUUAUCAAAAUCAGUUAAAGAUUCUGAGGUUAAACAAUUAUUACGAAUCCUCCAUCGAGCUCUUGAAUCAUUUAGAGAUCUUCAACUUAUCGAAGCAAUUAUCAUGGGGCUAACUCGACUUCAACCUUUACUCAAUCCCGAAUCACCUAUUCACCGGUCACUCUUUUGGGUCGCUAUAUCAGUCUUACAAUUGGAUGAGGUUAAUUUAUAUGCUUCCGGUUUAGCUCUUCUUGAGCAAAACCUUCACACUCUUGAUUCUCAAGGUUUAUUUGAAAAUAAGCGACUUGAUCAAAUCAUGAUGGCCACUCGUGAACCUUUAGAAUGGCAUUUUAAACCUCUCGAUCAAUCAGUUGGAUUAAGUUUCAAAUCAAAUUUCCACUUUGCAAUGGUUGGCCAUUUGAUCAAAGGUUUCCGUCAUCCCGCACAAACAACCGUUUCCCGAACGGUCAGAAUUUUGAAUACACUUUUAGCGAUCGUUGCUAAACCUUAUAAACGUGAUAAAUUUGAAGUAAAUGUUGACAAUGUUGCCUAUUUAACUGCACUGAUACCGGUUUCUGAAGAGGUUCGAAGCCGAUGUCAUUUGAAACACAAAGUUCCCCGUCUCUCAAAAGAACCACCAUCAUCAAGAACUUACUCCAUAGAUACUCACCAACAUUCCUCUUCUUUAAAUGCGACCAAUAGCCUAGUAAACGCAGAGGCAAUCAUGAAGAAUCACGCUCAUGUCCCACUCCACCAAACACCUUCAUCAACUCCACUUCCCUCACCCUCCUCACUUUGCUCCAAUCCAAGUCAAGCUUCAACCGUCGUCGCCAAUUACAGUUUACAACCACUUCAGGCUAAAUCCUCUCUCAAUUCAACUCUAUCAUCUUACCAUUCACCUAUGGGACGACGGCAAAAAUCAUGGGAUAAUUUAGAUCAUACAUCAUCUUUUAAUACCGCUUCAUCAUCUGCGGCCAAUUCUCAAAAUUCCCCUCGAGAUUCCAAGUCGUGGAAAAGCUUGGACAUUGAUGCCAUCAGUGCGAAACCUCAAAUGCGAACGCAACGUUCCAGCUCCGUUCCAACUCCUAGGUCACAGAAAAGCCUUGACUCUUGUAGAGAUAGAUUUGGUUCUGAACUAAUUAGACCAGAUAAAUCGACCGGUGGAACCUGUACCAGUGAUGGUAAUGGAAGUAAUAACAAUGGAGAUGGUAACAAUUCAGAUGAUGAAACUGCUUUUUGUGAAAAUGGUGAAAACCAUCAACCGGUUGAACAAGAGAUUCGGAAAACUCAAGAAACUCGAGAAUCAAGAGUAUCAGUUUCCAAUGAAGAUAAUGUUCUAAUUGAUCCUGAAGUCUUAACCGACUUUUCAACUCAAGCUUUAGUCCUCACAGUUCUGGCUACACUUGUCAGGAAUACAACCGAUGAAAAUGAGAUGAAAGUUCUAUAUGAAUAUUUAGCUGAAGCAUCAAUUGUUUUUCCAAAAGUUUUCCCUGUGAUAUAUUCAUUAUUGGACUCGAAGAUAACAAGUAUCCUGAAUUUGUGUCAUAAUCAAGUUAUCCUUAGUGCUGUACAAACAAUCAUUGAAAAUAUGAUCGCUAAUGAAGAUACUGGACAACAGCAACUUCAUUAUCUUCAAACUUGCGGGUUUGCUGGUCUUUGGCGAUUUGCUGGUCCAUUUGCUAAAUGUCAAUCUAACUUGGAUAAUGCUGAACUUUUUGUCAAUUGCCUUGAGGCUAUGGUAGAAACUCAUUUACCUGUUGAUGAGGGAGAUACUGGUGACAUGAUGAGCUAUUCUAGUGGCUUAUGUGUAUCUACUGCAUCUAAUUUAUCAACUUCCCUUUCAAGUUUAGCAGUUAGUUCACCAACAGAUAAAGAUGCCAAAACAGCGGAUUAUCAUCAUAUUAAUUCUAGUUCAUCUGGAAAAUUGAACGAUUAUCGUUCAAGGCAUGCAGCACAAUUAAGGAAACAAAGAAGUCUCAAAGUUAAAGAUAGCGGAAAUGGUUAAGGAGAAAAUAACAAUAACAACAAAGAUAAUUAACCAGCCUGAUUGUGUGUAAAUUUAUUGUAAAUAAACGUAACGAAAAUGAACCAAAACAAA